UCUUUUGGCAGCCUAAACUCUAUAAUUACAUACAUCCACACAAAGUAAUCACUUAUUUUCUUAGAAAGCUGUCUACUUCCUUCCCGUCUAAACGCAAUAUUUUUGCGUCUUUCGGUAAACACAAAUGGAGUUUUUGAAUACUACGAAAGAAUGCCCCACGGACACAAAGUCCGUAUUCAAUGCCUUCGCGGAUUUACAGUUGUCGGGGAGGAAUUGAGUGAGUGUUUUAGAGGAAGAUUGCUUCAACAAUUGGGGCAGUGUGUUCCAAGUCUAUUCAGAUUCCCUUUUAAAUUCCCUUUAAAAUUUUUCUAAAAAAGAACCCUGCUCCUUAAACUCGACAUCACUACAACACGGAAACACAGCAAAGUUGAUAUGCGCAAAACAACUCCCAGAAAAAAUAAAAUGCCAAUUUGG